CUUCCGCGUGAGAGUUAGGAGAUGGAAUUAAGUGAAAGUGAUCACAUCGUAGCGUUAAUUCCUCUUUAUCCCUUAAAAUACAAGUUACUCUGCAUGCAAGUGGCUGGUAAAGCAGUGCAGAAAUAAGAUGCAUAACAGACAGCGAGGCUUUAAUAUUGGCCUGUUCUUGCUGGCCUCGCAGGUGUUACAACUUGGCCUAGACAACAUUCCACCUAUAACAUUAGUAACUUUAGGCUUCAAUGUGUACCUCUUCUUGUUUCCUGCAAAGCCACUUUUACAGGCAUGUAUAAGUGUGCAGCAGGCAUAUACGUAUGGAGACUGGCGUCGUCUUUUGUUCUCCCCAUUCCACCAUGUUGAUGACUGGCAUCUCUACUUCAACAUGGUCUCCUUUCUCUGGAAGGGUGUCAAGCUAGAACACAGACUUAGCAGCUCCUGGUUUGCCUUCCUCUUGGCUGUUUUCUCUCUGCUCACUGGAUUGGUCUACUUGCUCCUAGAAGCGGGGCUGUCAUGGCUUAUGGAUGAUCAAUCUUAUAACAUUCCCUGUGCUGUCGGGUUCUCGGGUGUCCUGUUUGGGCUCAAAGUUGUAAACAAUUAUUAUAAUCCAAGUGGAGUCAAAUACAUCAUGGGCCUGCGUGUAGCAAAUUGCUAUGCCUGCUGGGUGGAGCUAGUCCUUAUUCACCUCAUGAACCCCGGGACCUCGUUCCUUGGCCAUCUAGCUGGUAUUUUAGUUGGGCUGUUGUACACCAAGGGUCCCCUCAAAACACUCAUGAAGACAUGUUCAGGUUACAGUGAAUACAGAAUGCCAUUCACACUAAAUAAUUCAACCUACAGACAGAGUUCCUAUGGGACAAGCGGGCUUUCUUCACACCCUUACACAUCUGGUUUAUUGGAGGAGGAGCAGUAUGAGGCAGCUAUUCAUGCCAGUCUGCAAGACCAAGGGCGCUCUAAUCACACCAGGCUAUCUUACAGACCCGGUGUAACAUCUAAUCCCUCUGUGGAAGAAUUGCGUAAACGUCGACUUCAGAGGUUUGAGAGUUGAAAUAAACAAAUAACACCUUAACUUUAAAUAUUUAGUCAAAAUAAAGAUAAUUCUUUGUGUCACUGUACCUUCAAAGUAUGAUGACACUCAACAC